UUCCCUCCUAUAAAAACCCUCUCACUUCUUCAUGCUGUCAUCCCAUGCCCUCUAAACAACCUUUGGAUCAGUACAAUAUAUCCUUCGAGUACUGAAUUGGAUAUUAGCCUAGCUAGCUACCUUAAAAAAUUUGAGCCAUGCUUUCUGGUGAGAUUUCAGGAAUCCACUACCUGACUACACCUGAAAUCCAGGUUCCAAAUCCUGCAAACUUUGGCAAUAUUAUCAUGCAGGACAACAUACCGUCCUCCUUCCAUUUCAAUGGAGCAUCAGUCUUCAGCAACUUACUCCACACUCAAAUCCCUCCUCCGGGACAUGAUCAAUUGUUAGCUACUCCGGUGCAGUCCUCGAGUCUCAGCAACAACUCCAGUACCUCCGAUGAAGCCGAAGAACACGUGCAGCAGCUGGGCAACAUCAUUGAUCAAAGAAAGCAGAGGAGAAUGAUAUCAAACAGAGAAUCGGCUCGCAGAUCACGGAUGCGGAAACAGAAGCACUUGGAUGAGCUCUGGUCACAGGUGCUUCGGCUUAGAACCGAAAACCACAACCUGAUGGACAGGUUGAACCAUGUGUCCGAGACCCAUGACAGGGUUCUUGAGGAGAAUGCAAAGCUCAAGGAAGAAGCCUCGGAUCUUCGACAAAUGCUCUCCGAGAUCCAGAUCAGCACCUUGAGAUCGACAGAGCUGGAAGUAGAGGCCUGCAGCACAACUUUAAGCACUGACUUGCUCCGUUGAGAUGAGAUCAUAAAUAUCACUGUUCCAGCUAAGCUCUCCAUUAUCACUAGCAGCUGCUUUAAUUUGUGUUCCUUUUGUUUACUAUAAUUGGUAAUCGUACGUUUUUUCCGUCAUCGCUUUAUUGUAUGGGAGUAAAAGACAAAGGCCGUGCAGGAACGCACUUAACAAGCCACCAUCUUAUCUGCACAAUUUGGCUAAUACAUCGCCGUCUUUAGCAUUUAAACCAAACCAAUAUACUCCAAACUAAAAACCAGUCAAGUACUAUUUAGAAUCACCUCUCGCCGCAUAAGUAUCUAAUGUACUUGCAGAAGUCAUGCAUCAAACACUCAAUCAUGUACGGCUUGUCUUUCUUUUCUCAUUUGAUCAUCAGAACCCUACCAACGACUUGAAAACGAUCAUAAGGAACACGAAACAGCGCUCCGAAGAUCCAAAAAGGGUUACAACUAUAUAGAGCAUAGACAAUAGAGAAUCUCAUAUCAGAACUGCUAUAUGUUGAAGAUACAGACUUUGUCCAACGUACUGAAUUCUGGAGAAGUUAUAGAGCAAUCAAAGGUCAGUUUGUGUGUGGAGUCGGUGGCCUUGUGGGAAGCUUCGUACACUGAAAGGUGCAGUUUUGCAGCGACUAAGAGGACAAGAUGUGGUGGAUGUGCUAGCUGGUGCUAGCUAGUGGUGACUCAUCAUGUAUACAUGAGAAACAUAACAUUGAAAAAGCUGAUCCACUAGCCUAAAACACCCAGGAAUAUUUGUGGAUUUUUACCUUUAAAACAAUUGUGAUGGCAUCAAUACGCCUUGUCUAAAAUUGUUCCAGCCAUUGUUGUCAUGAAUUUGAAACCUGCCAAGAAAUUGGCUACGUUUCAGGUGUUGCUAGAACAGUGCCUUCACUUUUUUUUGUACGUAGUACUACUGUUCACAUAUGCCAUAUAAUGCAGCUAGUGGCAUUACCAUAUAGCAAUUAUUUCUACUAGAGCUACAGUUUCUACA